AUUUCGCUUGGAAAAAUUCAAAUUAUAGACUUCUAAUUUCAGAGUCUUACCAUGUGAGCAAAACCUUUAUUUGUCUUCCACUAAGAAAGGAGUUCUAGUAUUCUUCCUUUUUGAGUCAUUUGGCCCCUAUAAUUUCAGGCUUAGAAAAAGAAACUUGUAAUAAGGCUAUGGCUCUUGUACAAUUAUUAGAAAAACUCCCUUCAAAUUCUCUCUCUUUAUUCCUCAUCUUUAGCUUCUUAUUCUUCCUCUACAAAUGGCUAUAUGCAACUCCUGCUACCAACAAAAACCAGCCACCCUCCCCACGGAAGCUACCGGUUUUCGGUAACCUUCAUCAGCUUGGUAAGUUGCCUCAUCGUUCCCUACGAGCCUUGUCACAACAAUAUGGAGACCUCAUGUUGCUUCACGUCGGCAGCAAGCCAACCAUCGUGGCGUCGUCAGCGGAUACAGCUAGGGAGAUCAUGAAGACUCAUGAUGUUGUUUUUGCAAACAGGCCAAACUUAAAAGUGGCCAGAAGAUUUUUAUAUGAUGGCAAGGACUUGGUCUUUGCUAGCUAUGGCGAGUAUUGGAGGCAGAUGAAGAGCAUUUGUGUACUGCAUGUUCUCAGUAGCAAGAAAGUCCGAUCUUUUCGAGAAGUGAGGGAGGAAGAAGCUGCAGUAAUGGUGGAUAAGAUCAGGAGAUUCAGACAAUCAUCAGAAGAAGUGAAUUUGAGUGAGAUUAUUGCAAGUUUAACAAAGGAUGUUAUAUGUAGAGUUGCCUUUGGGAGGAAGUAUACUGGAGAGGAAGGUUGUGCAAAUAUUAGGGAGCUGUUGAGUGAUUUUUCUGAAGUGGUUGUAGCAUUUUGUAUGCAGGACUCCGUGCCGUGGUUAGGUUGGAUUGAUAGACUGAGUGGUGUUGAUCGUAAGGCAAACAGAGUUGCCAAUGUCCUUGAUGAAUUCAUCGAAAAGAUUGUUCAAGAGCAUGUAGAUCGACUAAAUUUACAGACAGACAAUACUGAUGAAGCUGAUAAAGGAGAGAAAUUGCAGGAUUUUGUGGAUACUUUACUUGAACUUCAGAGAGAGAAUUCAUCUGUGCUUCCUAGAGAGAGUAUCAAAGCUAUUCUAAUGGAUAUGCUUGCUGCUGGAACAGACACAACUUACACACUGCUGGAAUGGGCAAUGGUGGAGCUGUUCAAGCAUCCCCUAGUUAUGAAAGAACUGCAAGAAGAAGUGAGGGUAAGUAGCAGAGGAAAACAAGGAGUAGAUGAGGAUGAUGUGAAAAACAUGAAGUACCUAAAAGCAGUCAUCAAGGAGACGCUGAGGUUGCAUCCACCAUUUCCUCUUUUGGUGUUUCGGGAAUCAUCUCAGGAUGUUAAAAUCAACGGUUAUGACAUUGCAGCUGGUACACAAGUCAUUAUCAAUGCCUGGGCUAUCCAAAGAGACACGUCUUUUUGGGAAGACGCAGAGGAGUUUCGUCCAGAGAGGUUCUUGAAUUCUUCAAUAGACUUCAAGGGGCAAGAUUUUGAAUUCAUCCCGUUUGGAGCAGGCAGACGCGGCUGCCCAGGAAUGUCGUUUGGCAUAGUGGGUGCAGAGCUUGUACUAGCAACACUUGCUUACGCGUUUGAUUGGAAGUUACCUCAAGGGAAGGAUUUUAAUGUGGUUGAGAAUAUGGGUAUUACAAUCCGCAAGAGAGAUCCUCUUGUGGCUAUUCCAACUCCCUACUCAAGGAACUAAAAAUGUAAUCCUAAAUUUUAAUACAAACCAAUUAAUCUAUUCUCCUAUCCCUUAACUUUUGAAACCUAACUACCUGCUUCUAAUUGGAAUAUCACGCUAAGCAUGUGUUCUCUUCGCCUGAAAUAAGGUGUUUUAAUCUAAACUUUCCAAGUUUUUCUUUGCUUUA